AUGGAGGACAGCUCAAGCACGCCACCAAUACCCGGCUCUGUUUCGUCGCUGUCUUCGACAACGGAGACCAUCGCGUCGGCUGAGAACAGCACGUCGACCGAGACCCUCACGGCGGGCGAGACCAGUGAGACGUCCGACACCGUCAAUUCGGUUGGGCUGCCCCCAGAAAAUGAAAGCGACGCUGAAAGUGAAGCGCUCUUUCGAAGCCGUCUUCCAAAGCUCUCCACCCCCUCUCCACCAACCAUCCACAUCAACGGUUACCAGUGCGAGCGGUUGACCGGAACGGAAGAGUACACCAACUUCAUACCGCGCACGUGCAACACCGCUGCAGCUACUGCUGUGAGUGGAAGAAACAUCCGUGCCGAGAUGGAAGAACGUGUUGGCGUCCUUGCAGUCACCCAACUGGAGCAGACAGCUAACCAGAUCUGGCGUCGCAUCAGCACCGAGUUCUACCUCGGCAAAGAGGGCGCGGCGGUGUGCGUGUACCAUGUACCGCCGUACGGCACUCUUCAUCGGCGACGGCACCUUCCCGUGCGUUUCGUCCACGUAAAUUCAGCCACGAACUGCUUCGUGUCGGUCUUCUACUCGCUCGCCACGGAGCGUUCCCACACGACGUACCGGAACAUCCUCUACUUCCUCAUUGUGGCAACGGACCACCUGCUAGACCCCGAGUCGAUCGCGUGUGAUUACGAGGCCACCUUGAUUGCCAUCCGAGACCAACUACCAAACGCGGUCAUCAACGGAUGCCUGUUCCACGGGAAACAGGUGAUCCGCCGGCGCGUGAAGAAGCUCUGA